UUAUACCUUUAUGGACAUACUUCAUUUCUAUGUGGUUUUUUAUCAAAGUUAGGCGAGUUUCGCGUGUUGAAAAUUUUUCGCAAAUGAAUUUUUUCUCGGGUUAUUGUACCGAAGUGGAUACUAGGAAUUUGGAAACACACCUUUAUCGCAACUCUGGCAAAAAUCAUCCCUUUCUCACCGUCCAUUCUAUUUCAAAAUACGAAGAAAGGUAAAAAAUCGCUAAAUCGAGACCAAUUAAUGUUACAUGAGAUUAAUUCUCAUGAAAAAUGUUGGCAUUCCAAUUGACGAACCGUUAUGUACACACGUUGUAUUUCUCAUGGGAUGUACUCCUAGCUCUCAAACCAAAAGAGAGAAGUUAAUAGGAACCGAUACCAACAUCAUGGAAGCGUAUAUCAAACUAGAGAGAGAAAUUUGGCAAGAAGAACAACAAGCUCCGGCUCCGGCUCUAACCCACGCUAUAUCCAAAUUGGAGAAAAUCACAUCCGAUUUGGAAAAACUAGCCAGCGAAAUAACGCAGAAUCAAAACUUCACGUUUAACCAAGUUCCAAGUAAACCAGACAACAUAGAAACCGAAAAUUUGGAAAGUAUUGAUAAUUCGAUAAAAAAUGCGAUGACCGAAUUGCGUGUCAUGAACAAUCCGAAGGUAGCCACCGAACACGAAGAGUUUAUUGCCAACUUGAACAGAAAGUCGUUAAAAUGUCGCCAACUUUAUUUACUAAACCGUAGAAAACUAGAGAUCGAAGAAGAAGCUGCCAAACUCAGCGAUAAAGUACAGAAUCUGCAGAAACUCUACGAACAACAGGAUACGAUUUUAAGCGAAGUGAUAGGAUCAUCGUACGCUUCGGAAAUAGAAUCGGAGUUGAAUCGUUUACGAAAUUAUCGAGAUGCUUUGUACAGCAGCGAAUUAGCCUGGCAAGAUACGAUCAAAUUAACCGAGUCAGCAUCUGUAUUCUCUCAAGCUGGUUUGAGUAGCUGGCAAACAAUAAAUAAUAUUACUUCGAACGAAGAAUCGAGAUUUCGUUUAGCUACCGAAACAAGGAAUACGAUCCAUGAAGCUGCUUUGCUGAUCCAGUCUGCCCAAUCUAUGCUGCCCACCGUACAAUUUCCUUACUGCACGAGUCGAGAAAUUUUCGCCAUUUUACAAGUAAUCGAAUACCUAUAUACAGAUAUGCAAAUAACCGAACGCUACGAUCACGCUCGAGAAGUAUACAAAAGUUUCCAACGUCGAACCCUAGCUCUAUCGAAAUGGUUAAAAGAGCUGAUGACCAACACAAUCCACAAAGAUAUCCUAGAAGUGGACAAAAAAAUCGCCGAAUUCGUCUCCAGGCUGAGCACCGAACGAAUACAACAAAUAAAGAAAAAAACUGCCACAAUAGGCCUCUCCAAUGGUAUUCUAACAGCCGAAUCAUUGGAAAGUUUGGACAGCGUUCAUCAGAAACAUUUCGUUAGAAAAUGAUUAGUGUUCUAAAAACCGUUAAGUUAAAAUUGUUGCGAGUGUAGCGUGUUUUU